AUUUUCAUUAAACUUAAUGGGAAUGUCAAAUCAAUAUACUUAUAAUUACCAGCAAGUUCCUCCUGAUUUGGAAGCAAAUAAGCCUCCACCAUACACAUCACAGUUUGUAUAUGGUGCUCAACCUCAGCCAAUGGCGCCACCUCCACAGCAAUAUGGAUGGGCAAAUGACAUUGGAGAUCAAGGACCUAUGUUAGGUCCUGAAGAUGAUACUGGAAUAUCAUCAUUUAGUGAAAAAUCAGUGAGACAAGCUUUCAUUCGAAAGGUGUACGCAAUUCUUUUUUGUCAAUUACUUGUUUCUGUUGGAAUUGUUUGCCUUUUUGUGCUUGUGCAUCCAAUAAAUAGUUAUGUGAAGAAAAAUGUUGCAAUGUUUUGGAUGGCAUGGAUAGCAACGAUUGUCUUGAUGAUUGCUAUUGCUUGUUGCGAGAAUGUGAGGAGAACUUUCCCAAUGAACUUCAUAAUGUUAUCACUAUUUACAUUGUGUGAAAGUUAUCUCAUCGGAGUUGUUUCAGCGCAUUACAAUGUCAAUGAAGUGUUGUUAGCAAUGGGUAUUGUUGCAGUUGUCUCCCUGGCGAUUACUAUUUUUGCUUUUCAAACAAAGUAUGACUUCACAAUGAUGGGUGGAUUUUUACUUGUUCUUGUCAUUGUUUUGUUAUGUUUUGGAAUAUUCACAAUAUUUUUUCACAGCAAGAUUGUUCGAUUGGUGUAUGCCUGUCUUGGAGCAUUAAUUUUUGGAUUGUAUUUGGUAUAUGACACUCAAUUGAUGAUGGGCGGGGAGAAGAAGUACAGCAUAUCUCCAGAAGACUACAUAUUUGCAGCUCUGAACCUUUAUCUUGAUAUUGUCAUGUUAUUUAUUUACAUUCUUGAGAUAGUGGGUAUAGCAGGGGGUAACAAAUAAUAGACGAAACAGAAGGAAACAAAUAAAAGGCGAAACAGCUAGGCAUGCAAUAAAGGAUAGUUAUCUUAAUGUGUUGCAUAAGUGUUUGUUAACCUCUUGCAUAUAAUAAAACCUGCUUGCAUUAAUUGAUUCUUUUAGAGUUUUAUUUUUUAAAUGUAAUAAUAAAAUAUAAAAAAGAAAUAAAGUUAAAAUAUAUAUGUUUAUAAAUAAAAUAAUUUGUUAAAAUAAUAAAGUACAAUAAUUUAUAUUUUUGCUGUUAAUAUUUUUUGGUUUGUUUUUGAAUUGAAAUAAAAUUUACUCCUUAAAAAACAAAGGGUCUUAAUCAAACUAAAUUUAACGCUUCCUCCUAAAGUUAUUUCUAAGCACAAUGCAAUAAAAGUUAUAGAUAGCCUUACAGUUAAUGAAAGGAAUUGAAGCUAGCAAGUGAAAAUGACUACAGAAAGGAAACGAAUGUACGGGUAAACGAAAGUUUUAGAAAAUUUUAUUUUAACGUUAUUCUCGUUAUUAAUAAAUUUUAUUGUUAACGUUAUUAUUAAUUGAUAAAAGUUUAAUAUUAAAAGAUUCGUUAUUUAAUAUUUGUAUAUUAAACAUUUUUUCGGCGUUAAAGCUAAAUUCAGAGGAAUAACUAAUGUUAACAUAUAAGCUAUUGUUGAUAAGUAAUAAAAAAUUGCAUCACUUCAAAAAAAGCGAAUGUUCUUUAUUAAAAGUUUUUAUUUUUUAUUUUCAGUACUUGGUGAUGGAUACACAAUUAAUGCUUGGAGGG